CACGAACUCCCGCCAAGCCAACAGUAUCUCACAUGCAGCUAGCCUUCGCAGCUCUAUCCUCUACUACUUUCUAAGUCAACCGAGGUCACACACGCAACUCCACAGCCAGCCAUGGCAUCCUCCUCCGCCGCGGCCGCCCCUGACUCCGGCCGCGCCGCCCUCCUCAAGGCCUUCGACGACUCCCGCACGGGCGUCCGCGGCCUAGUCGAGUCCGGCGUCUCCGCCGUCCCGGACCUCUUCGUCCACCCCGACCCCUACGCCUCCGUCCCGCUCGCUCCUCCCGGUGUCUCCAUCCCCGUCGUUGACCUCUCCCUGCCCGCGCCGCUCGCCGCCGCCGCCGCCGCGGACGCCGCCCGCGACUGGGGCUUCUUCUACCUGGUCAACCACGAGGCCCUCGUCCCCUCCGACUACCCGGCGAAGGCGCUCGCCGCUGUGCGCGCCUUCCACGAGCUCCCGGCCACCGACCGCACCGCGCACUACGGCCGCGCCAUGGGCGGCGGGGUCUCCUACUCCUCCAACGUCGACCUGUACAGCUCCCCCGCCGCGAGCUGGCGCGACACCAUCCAGCUGAUGUUCGGGCCUACGCGGUGCGAAGCGGAGCGGAUCCCGGAGGUCUGCCGCUCGGAGAUCGUCGAGUGGGAAGCGCACGCGGCGGCGGUUGCGCGCGCCGUGAUGGCGCUGCUCUGCGAGGGGCUCGGUCUGCGGGAGGCGGCGCUGGAGGAGGCCUCGUGCCUGGAGGGGAAGCUGAUGGUGUGCCACUACUACCCGGUGUGCCCCCAGCCUGAUCGCACCAUGGGACUAGUCCCGCACACAGACCCCGGCGUGCUCACCGUCCUCGCGCAGGAUGGCGUCGGCGGCCUGCAGGUGAAGCACACGGAUAAGGACGGCCAGAGCUAUUGGGUGGACGCCAAACCUGUACCCGGCGCGCUUGUGAUCAACGUCGGGGAUCUCUUGCAGAUAAUGUCCAAUGAUAAAUACAAGAGUGUGGAACAUAGGGUGGUAAUGAAUUCACAUGAACAAGCCAGAGUAUCUGUUGGGAUCUUUUUCAAUCCUGGAAAGAGAGGGGAGUCAGUCUUUUAUGGACCAUUGCCAGAGAUAGCUACUUCAGAAAACCCACCAAAGUACAGGAGUUUCACCAUGUCCGAAUUUUUAGGGGCCUUCUUUAAACGAGACCUUGCUAGCAAAGCUCUGAUCGAGCACUUCAAGUUGUAAGAUUAUUUGUUGCAAAAUAAUCCCUCCAUUCCUAUUUAUAAGAUGUUUUGCCAAGCCAAUUAAGCUUGUGGAAAUGUCUUGUAAAAGGGAACAAAGGAAGUGAUGUUUCAUUUUACAAACAUGUAACUAUGUAGCCAUCUCACUGUUAACUCUUACCAGGACAAGUCAUGCUGCUCUCUAUUUCGUGUUGUCCACAUAGCGUAUCCCAAAAUAAAUUAUAGUAAGUUUCUUGUGCAA